AUGACGGUCAAAUCGCCUUUUUACAACAAGCCAUCGACCGCAACUAGUGUGGAUUCAUGCCACAAGUGCCCCUUAGAUACAAUCACACAACCCCAGGACUCAAGUGUAGUACCGAUCGCUUCUUCAGUGAAAAAAGUCCAGCCUCAUGCUGGCUUCGAGCAUACGCAAGCCACCGAACCUUCCAGCAACAGCAUUAUUACAACCAUUUCAAAUCAACAACCUUCUGCUGUUGAGCCGAGCAGCUCCAGUGCUGCGAUAUCGGACAUUGGCAAUGGCUCGAUGACUUCGUGCUCGAAUUGUGGUACAACCACAACACCACUCUGGCGACGUUCUCCUCAGGGUGAAACCAUUUGCAAUGCAUGUGGUCUUUAUCUCAAGGCACGCAACACUACUCGCCCACCUUGGUUGAAACGUAAUUCUAUCAAGCGUCCAACACCAUCAACUCCAGUGGCUUUGGCACCUGCACCUCCUACUUCCAUUCCUAUUACGACAACAACAACAACAACAACCACACCUAUUGCUGCUGCUGCUACUUCUUGCAUCUCACGUCUUUCUCCAUCAUCAUCUCAACAACAGCAACCAACGAAAGAUGGUGAAGAACGACCUGCUCUUUCAUGCGCUAAUUGCAAUACGACAACAACACCUUUAUGGCGUCGUGAUGAACAAGGCAACACUAUUUGCAAUGCUUGUGGUCUUUAUUACAAACUACACAGCGUGCAUCGACCUAUGACCAUGAAACGUUCCAUCAUCAAGCGACGUAAGCGUGUGACAGUAUCCAGCAUGGCAGCUCAGCAUCAUUAUUCAUCAGCUUCUUCCGAUGAUGGCAAUAGUAGUGGUGACGAUUGCAGCAACAGCAGCACAACAUCGCAACAGCAACAGCAACCAGCAUCGUUGACAUGUCGUAAACGCAAAUUGAUGCCCAACAAUGACGUUCAUCGAAACAAGCGUAUCGAGCUUAAUGGAAAUGGAGGUGGUGCAAAAUAUGUCAUGCGUCCUUUGUUACCAAAUCAGCCUCUUGCUCCUGCAACCACCGCUGCUACAGCCGAAAAUAGCCGCUUGGAUCCAGUUGAGCCUGAUGCCUUCCAUAAGCAUCAUCAUCAGCAUCAUCAACACUUGCCAUCGCCACCUAUGAAACCAAUGCCACGUUUACUCAAUCCCGAGAGUCGAUCAUUGCCAUCAUUGAACAGCUUGCCAUCACCACCUCUUACAGCAAAGGAAAUGUUCAAAGAUCAAGGUGCAUCAUCAUCUGCCGUCACAACAGCAGCUGCCAUGGCAACCGUUUCCGCCCUGCUCAACCCGACUCAAAAAACUCACCAGAUGCUUGAAGCUCAUCGCCACGAGUUGCAACGUGAAGUGACCAAUUUGACAUCAUUGCUAUCUCGCACCACUGCCAUGUUGCAGAAUCUUGACCAAGUUAUGGCUGUUACCAAAGAUAAGCAACCUACUACUACGACAACCAAUUCGAUUCAACAACAACAACAGCCUCAUGUGACCAAUGCUCUCAUGUCACUUUUUGCAUUGGCAGCUGCCAAGGAGACAUCUGGUUCUUCGACAUGA